GCGACUGAGGAAGAGCAUUUUUGAAUGUGGUACUUGAGGCUAGCUUUUCCUAGAGUCCCCAGGUCCGUUUCUGGGUUGUCAGUCUCCGGGUUUGGGGAAGGUCUGGCCUCGGUCUGUCAGGCCAGGAGAAGUACUUGACACCGCGCACGCAUUUCCCUCUGGACGAGGUGGGCGGCCGUAGCCGCGGGACCCGAAGAGGACGCGGACCGCAGGGCUGGGUGGCGGCGGCCGAACCUCCCGGCUGCUACCUGUGGUACCAUGUUUUCAUGUGAUAUUUGUGGUCAAACAGUAACCUCAGAACCAGACAUGAAGGCUCACCUCCUAAUUGUUCAUAUGGAAAAUGAAGUUAUCUGUCCAUUUUGCAAGUUGUCAGGCAUGAACUAUGAUGAAAUGUGUUUUCAUAUUGAAACUGCUCAUUUUGAGCAGAAUGAACUAGAAAGAAACUUUGAGAGGAUCAAAACAAUGCAAUAUGGAACUUCAGAUAACAAAAAGGAUAACACUUUACAGUGUAAAAUGGAAGUUAACUCAAGUAUUCAUUCAGCUUGUGCAUCUAAUCAACCAAAAUGUUCAACAAGUCUGCCUAAGGAUGGUACUUUAAAACAUAAAGACUUUUUUUCAGAGAACUUAACUGAAUCUAGAGAAUUCCUGAAAAGUAGUGAAAAACAGUCUGACCUAACCAAAGUAAAAGGAUCAAUUUAUGAAGCAAUGUUUAAUCCUCCUGAAUGUCCAUUCUGUGGAGAAAUAGAAGCUUGUUGUCAAGAUAUGGAAGGUCAUAUGAAAACAAAACAUGCCAAUCUUUUAGACACUCCAUUAGAAGACUGUGAUCAGCCACUCUGUGACUGUCCUAUGUGUGGCCUCAUCUGUAGAAAUUACCAGAUUCUACAAGAACAUAUUGACUUGCAUUUGGAAGAAAGCAACUUUGGACAAGGCAUGGAUAGAGACCAGUAUUCCAGUGAUCUAGAACUGGCUCACCAGCUUCAACAGGAAGAAGACAGAAAGAGGAGAGCUGAACUAUCAAGGCAAGAAAUGGAAGAAUUUCAGAAACUGCAGAGACAAUAUGGUUUAGAUAAUUCUGGAGGAUAUAAACAACAGCAGUUGAGAAAUAUGGAAAUAGAAGUAAAUAGGGGAAGAAUGCAUCCAUCUGAAUUUCAUAGAAGAAAAACUGACAUGAUGGAAUCAUUAGCUGUUGGUAUUGAUGAAGGAAAAACAAAAACUUCUGGAAUAAUUGAAGCACUUCAUAGAUAUUAUCAGAAUGCUGCCACAGAUGUGAGGCGUGUGUGGCUUUCUACAGUAGUGGAUCACUUUCAUUCAUCUUUAGGUGACAAAGGUUGGGGUUGUGGUUACAGAAAUUUCCAAAUGCUACUCUCAUCACUAUUACAAAAUGAUGCUUAUGAUGAUUGCUUGAAAGGUAUGUCAAUUCCUUGUAUUCCAAAAAUUCAAUCUAUGAUUGAAGAUGCAUGGAGAGAAGGAUUUGAUCCCCAGGGAGCCUCUCAACUCAAUAACAGGUUACAGGGAACAAAGGCAUGGAUUGGAGCAUGUGAAGUUUAUACACUCCUGACCUCCCUCAGGGUUAAGUGUCACAUUGUUGAUUUUCACAAAUCUACUGGUCCUUUGGGUACACACCCUCGCUUAUUUGAGUGGAUAUUGAACUACUAUUCUUCAGAGAGGGAAGGGACUCCAAAGGUAGUUCGUACAUCUAAGCCUCCUAUCUAUCUUCAGCAUCAAGGUCAUAGUCAAACGGUUGUUGGAAUUGAAGAGAGAAAAAACCGAACAUUAUGUUUACUAAUAUUUGAUCCAGGAUGUCCUUCUCGAGAAAUGCAGAAACUAUUAAAGCAAGAGAUUGAGGCUAACAGUCUCAAGCAGCUUCGGAAAUUUGUGGGAAAUUUAAAACAUAAGCAGUACCAGAUAUUGGCUAUAGAGGGUGUUCUUUCUCCGGAAGAGAAAGUUGAGAAAAGAGGCAGAGGACUAGAGAGGAACUGUUGGACAAGUAUAUCUUGUUGGAGAAAAACAGAAUCAUGGAAGAAAGGACUAAAAUUGUUGGAAAUGAGAGCGAGAGCUAGGGUAAUCUUUCAGCCUUGUAACUUGGGAUAUAAAGGCAGAGAUUGUUUAAGAAGCCUUCGCUUUAAUAUGAUACAUUAAAGAUUUCUUUGCAGUGAUUUAAAUGCCACACUUGCAUUCAUUUUAUUUACCCUGUCAUUCAUUUGGCUAGAUAGUUAGAGAUUAAUUUACUACUAAAAUACCAAGACACUUACUCACCAGUGUACAGAAGGCUUGUGAGAAUGUGGGUGGGAUUAAAUAUUAUCAUGGAUUCUGGCUGAACAUUUUAUUAGAAACAGAUUGGUGGUGCUGGAAUACUAAGCUGUGUUCCUCACACUAUGCAUUUAAUGCUGUUCCAUUUUUUUUUAAUUUAAUUUUAUUGAGAUUGUUCACAUACCAUGCAAUUAUCCAAAAAUCCAAAGUAAACAAUCAGUUGCCCAUGGUACCAUCAUACAGCUGUGU